AUAGAGCGAGGGAGGCAGAGAGGGGAAAGAAGAGGCAGAGAGAAGAAGGGAGACGGACUUUUAUAAAUAUAAGGUAGUGUGAAAUUUGGCUUAAAGAGGAAAGAAAACUGUUUUUGCUGUUUUUUUCUGUGUUUCAAAGCCUUUUGUGACCUGUCAGUGUCCUUGGACAGAAGUGAUCCACCAUGGGUCUGAUUUCAACAUUAGGAAGUCUUCUGAUUUUCAUCGGGUUAUAUGGGAUCUGUACAGGAUUUGAGCAUGAGAACUGUACCAACUACAAGACCCAGUUUGAGAGGGUUCUCUCGGUUCCUGGGGACAUGGCUAUGCUGAACAGCACCUUAGUAUCUCCAGACGUCUUUAACAUCACAACUGUCCCAUACAGCAUCACCUGGUAUGACCCAAAGACAGGUCAAUUAAUGAGCAACCAGACCGGUCGAACCCUUGUGCAUGGAGAGACUCUGUGGUUUCUUAACGCAACGCUGGAGGACAGUGGGGAUUAUGUGACCAUACUGAGAACUCCUUUUCACUGCUACAUGCAGGCCACCAGUCUUGUAGUGGAACCACCAGUUGCUGGAGAGUGUGGAAGCCCAAGGAAAGUUUUUCAAUCACUUACACUUGGAGUCGCCGACACCCUGUCCUGCCCUCUGAAGGACUAUAUCAAUAAACUGGACAGCUACAACAUCAGUUCUUCCCUCACGUGGUACAGAGGUUGUGAGCCCAUAGUGGAGGGGAAAGAUGGGUAUAGCUACAGGGAUAGGACCAAAAUAUCGAUUAAAAAGGUGGAAGAGCAACACAACAGCACCCACACCUGUACUCUGACCUUCACCCUCGGUGGCAUCACGGGAUCCGUGUCAGAGACAAUUAAAGCAGAGGUCACAGAUGUGUACGCUAUGGUUCCACAAGUGCAUGAACCAGCCAAUGAAAUAAUUAAGGCACAGAUGGGGUCCAGUUUCACCAAACGGUGCCGUGUGUUUGUGCCGGGUAUCGGGGUGCACUUUAUUGAUGUCAUUUGGUCAUCCAGAGAUUACAUUUUCAGUACCGACCCCUCUGACAGAGUCUACACAUCAGAACAACGUUCGUCAAUACAGCAUAGUCCUAAACCAGGUUUGUGGUUGGAGCGUCUGUUGACGGUUUCUGAGCUGAGGGAAGAAGAUUUUCACAUCAACUACACUUGUAUAGUGUUCAGUUCCCACGGCAUGCCUCAGGGAUAUUUUACUCUGCUACCAGCAGGUAGAAAAUAAGAGAUAAAGGGGCGUCGUGUAGCGUAGUGGUUUAAGCUGGCGCCCCAUGUGUAGAGGCUACAGUCCUCGCUGCAGUUGGCCCCGGUUCGAAUCCCGCAUCGGACGGCCUUUCGCUGCAUGUCAUUCCCCCUCUCUCUGCCUCCCUGUUUCCUGUCACUCUCCACUGUGCUGUCCAUUAAAGGCAUUAAGCCGAAAAUAAGAGAUAAACCGAGAUUAAUUAGUCGGCCGAUUAACUGUUUGUUUGUUUUUUCACAAUCUUAGUUUUCUUUGAUAACCUGUUGAUAUGUUAUUCAAAAUAAUAAGUCGAGUGCAUAUCUACUUAAGCAAACAUACAGAGACAAUGUACAUUUUUCAAAUGUUUGUUCAAGUAAAUAAUACAUUUGUGUUAAAUAAAUGUUCAUUUCAGUUCA